GAACCGAUCUGUGAGACAAAGCAUGGUGUGAAGAGAGAGACAGAGAGGGUGCAGCCAACGAGCUCAAAGAAAAGGAAAAAAAGGUGCCAUUUUUAUAAUAGAAAUCUCAAAGAACACCGAGUGAGAGAGCUCUCUACAAGAAGAGGAGAGAAGAAGACGAUGUCGAGCUCGUCUCGGCGUUCCGGGGCCUGCGUGCGCUGCUGCCUCGUGCUCUGCGCCGUCGCCUCAGCCCUCUGCGUCUCUGCUCCCGCCCUCUACUGGCGCUUCAACAAGACCCUCGCCUCCUCGAAAUCAUCCUGCCCUCCUUGCGUCUGUGACUGUCCCCCUCCCCUGUCCCUCCACAACAUCGCCCCCGGAUUAGUCAACCUUUCUGUUUCAGAUUGUGGGAAACAUGAUCCUGAGCUCAACCAGGAAAUGGAAAAGCAGUUUGUGGAUUUGGUCACUGAGGAACUAAAAUUACAAGAGGCCGUUGCAGAGGAACAUUCACAUCACAUGAAUGCCACACUUGUCGAAGCGAAAAGAUUAGCUUCUCAGUACCAGAUCGAGGCCGAGAAAUGCAAUGUUGCCACAGAGACUUGUGAGGGGGCCCGAGAAAGAUCGGAGGCAUUGCUGACGAAGGAGAAGAAGAUCACUGCUCUAUGGGAACGGCGGGCGCGCCAACUAGGCUGGCAAGGAGUGUAGAAAAUAGGUGCACAUCGUGCUUGCUUGUCUACAAUUGACUGAAAAACUAAAUUAUUCUAUUAGAAAUGCAUACAUCCUUGGAUAAAUGUCUUCUUUCCUCACUUUGCAAUUUGUAAAUCUUCAUGCUGAAUUUUCUGUUACUACCAAAAAAUUGGCACUUCUUUUUUC